UAUCCAAAUCGAAUCCAACGUCCCCAGAGGAACACAACAAACUUAAAACUUGCCAUGUUUCGCUUACGCCACUCCUUCUUCCUCUCUGCGCUGCUUUUAUCCCUUGCAGCCAUACAAACCACCCAAGCAGCAGUCGAAUAUGUCGUCAACUACAACGCCGGAAGCAGCGGCGGAGGCGUCCGAUUCACCAACGAAAUCGGAACGGACUACAGCAGACAGACCCUAACAUCCGCCACGGAUUUCAUCUGGAAGCUGUUCCAGCAGAACAACGACGCUGACAGGAAGAACGUCCCGAAAGUCACCUUGUUCAUCGACAACAUGGACGGCGUGGCCUAUGCCGUCAACAACGAAAUCCACGUCAACGCCAAUUACCUCGGAAACUACUCCGGCGACGUCAAGAGGGAGUUCACCGGCGUGUUAUAUCAUGAGAUGACACAUAUCUGGCAGUGGAACGGGAACGGGCAGGCCCCUGGAGGGUUAAUAGAGGGGAUAGCAGAUUUUGUGAGGCUGAGAGCAGGCUACGCUCCGAGCCACUGGGUGCAGCCGGGGCAGGGCGACCGUUGGGACCAAGGGUACGAUGUUACGGCGAGGUUUUUGGAUUAUUGCAAUGAUCUUAUGAAUGGAUUUGUUGCGGAGCUGAAUAAGAAAAUGAGAAAUGGGUACAAUGACAGCUAUUUUGUAGAGCUGCUGGGGAAGAGUGUUGGUCAACUUUGGAAUGAUUACAAGGCCAAGUAUGGUGGGAAGCAGUAGUCAACGUUCGAUAUGAUUAAGAAUUUUUAUGGUUGUGGUUCUGAAUAAGUAUUAAUCUACCGUAAUAAAUAAUUGAUGAGUUAAAAUAAGGAACUUUCUUCUUAGUGUAUUUGGUGUUGGAGUUCCGGAGAUGACCUAAGAGAUAUAUACAUAUUUUAUGAAUUAUUAUAUAAUAAAAGAUAAUGUUUCUA